GCAAGAUCUUGUCAACUUGUCUGCGCGCCGGGAUAAGAAAAAGAAACUGUUUUGUUUUGUCGUUGCAGACUUUUUUUUCCAGUUUUCUGAUUGUUAAAAGAAAGUGUUAAGAACUUUUGUUUUUCGAAAUGCACAACGCCAGGGACAGAUACAAGAGGAACGGUCUGAGUAAAGACGGAGGAAAAGAAGCAAGAGUUUCUGCCAUGGCCGAACAACGCAAAGCCAGCAGGGCCAAACGUGCUGCCUCUCGUCCCAUAGACGUGUGCGGGCCAGGUUGGCCAACACAAAGGGAGAAUAAUAAUUAAAUUAAACUCCAGAAGAUUCUUUUAAUUCGUAUAUUGUAGUAAGGCGGUGUUGUACAUUCAGGAUGUGUUGGUAUUAGAAUCGGAAGUUGAAAUUCGAAUUGAACUGUAAAAACAUAAUACAAUCAGUACAAUGAAUUACAAACAUGUUAUUUGAGUAUUGGUAAUUUGAGUGGAGGCGCCGGCAUUGCUCGGCCGGCGAACAGUUUUAGGUUCGGCGUUUUGGGUUAAAUUCACUGGCGGGGCCGGUGAUUAUGCACUUAUUCACUGGGCGGGUCAUUUUGCCGUCAAGGGAAAUUGCACAGAAAGGUUCUUACCCCAUAAGUUUGGGUUCAGGCGAAGGUUUGUUGAGUGAGCGAUUGAGACGCGCGCUCCAUGGCUGGCUUGGGGCGCGAGAAUAAACGUGGUUGGGCGGGGCUCACAUUGCAUGGGAGUGCUGCAGGGUGCAGCACAGGGUGGUGGAGUGGUUUAGUCUUGACUAAACGAUUUGUAGUGGGCAGCGGGAAACCGCUGACCGCUACAUAGGCCCCCACUUGGAGACCGGAGGUCACUCUCAGUAUGUUUCUCUCGGUGAGGUGUCUCUUGGCGAGAAGGUGUCUCUUGGCGAGAAGGUGUCUCUUGGCGAGAAGUUGUCUCUUGGCGAGAAGGUCACUCUUGUAUAGGCUGGAGUGAACGAGGAAUUUGAGGCGUUGGACUUUUGCUGAGUCCAAAAACAGGAGAACUUGGAAGCUCUGUAUGUUGGUUGAUUCCAGCCGGGGGAACUUGGCGUGCUGGAAGGUCGUUGGUCCGAUCAGCUCUUUCAGGUGUGUCCGACAGGGUGUGUCCCCAAAGGUGACGAGAAAUAGCUAUGUCUCGUUUGCGCGGUGGGUUGCAGGUCACAUAUACUUGCCGUGUCGGUCCGAGUUUGAAGGCUCGUGUCGGCGUCGCUGAUGUAUGCUCUGAUUCAGACGAGAGUUCUGCAUAAAACUCGUGUGGAGCAAAAUUGUGAGUAGGUGCAGCGACAGUUUGGAAGCGCGGUGCAGUGUUGUCUGACGGCUUCUGAGGAGAGGUUCGAUCCUUGGUAAGUGUAGGUUCGAAGGACACUGGAAUGAUGUAAUGCUCGUUUAAGAGGUUUUCAGGACAAAUUGAUUUUGAAAGGUUUAUGCCCUGUGUUUGUGUUGCGUUUAUGAUAUUUACGCUGCUGUCCAAAGAUUUGGCCUUGGCGGUGGCCACGGUUGCUUGCAUGUGAGGAGGCGUGGCUGCUGACAGCAUUGGUGUUGGCGGUGUUGUGACGGCAUCAUGGCGAAAGCUCGUCGUUCGGCGGUCUGCCGAAUGUGUAUGUUAGUUCUGUCACUCGAUGGCUUGAUUUGUUGAAGGCGAUUCUGCGUUGAAGCAUCGCGUUCGGUAUCUUGUUCGGGGUCACCAUUUUGUGCGGGCCAGGUUGGCCAACACAAAGGGAGAAUAAUAAUUAAAUUAAACUCCAGAAGAUUCUUUUAAUUCGUAUAUUGUAGUAAGGCGGUGUUGUACAUUCAGGAUGUGUUGGUAUUAGAAUCGGAAGUUGAAAUUCGAAUUGAACUGUAAAAACAUAAUACAAUCAGUACAAUGAAUUACAAACAUGUUAUUUGAGUAUUGGUAAUUUGAGUGGAGGCGCCGGCAUUGCUCGGCCGGCGAACAGUUUUAGGUUCGGCGUUUUGGGUUAAAUUCACUGGCGGGGCCGGUGAUUAUGCACUUAUUCACUGGGCGGGUCAUUUUGCCGUCAAGGGAAAUUGCACAGAAAGGUUCUUACCCCAUAAGUUUGGGUUCAGGCGAAGGUUUGUUGAGUGAGCGAUUGAGACGCGCGCUCCAUGGCUGGCUUGGGGCGCGAGAAUAAACGUGGUUGGGCGGGGCUCACAUUGCAUGGGAGUGCUGCAGGGUGCAGCACAGGGUGGUGGAGUGGUUUAGUCUUGACUAAACGAUUUGUAGUGGGCAGCGGGAAACCGCUGACCGCUACAGACGAAUUCGCUGAGGUUUCCUCCGGCGAACAAAAUGUCAGCCAUGUGGAGAAUGCUCCCGUGAGGAAGAAGAAUUUGAAGGAAUCCCUACAAAAAUGGCAAGAAGAGAAGAAGAUGCGGCGAGAAUUACAACAGUCAAAGAUGCGCCGACCUGAAUUCAAAGUGUCUUCACACGUUGAGACCGUUCCUGUCAACAAACUUCCUGUUCUUCGCUCCUCACUGGCUUAUAAGAAUGUUACGGCUCGAGUUGACACUCGAAGGGACAAUGCCGGGCCAACUUCAUUUAAACCCAUGCGUACAGAAGUGCCAUCCAAGUUUAAUUUUGGAGCUAAAAAGGUGGAGGCUCUCACAAAUUCAGGAAACAUUGUGCCUUUUGUUUUCAAUGCCCCUACCCCUGUGCCUGUCAAAAAUGUCGACAUUAGUGUCAAGAGUGGUAAAGGGAAGAAAGAGAAAAGAGCUCCAGUGGCUUUCAAGACUCCAGAAAAAGCCCUCACUCCUGCAGCCAAACGCAAGAAGUACCCCACCACCCCUCGUCCUGCCUUAGUGACUCCGAGCACUAACAAAAAUGAUGAAAAGACUAAUCAGACAGAUGCGUCUCUCAAUGUCUCAUUGAACGCACCAUCCAAACAAUUUUUGACUUCUCCAGAGACUUCUCCUCCUGCCAAGAAAGUUAGAGUGUCUGCUUCUGGCUCGUCACCAAGUCAAACUUCUGAGGUACCCAAGAGGGAAACCAAAUCAAAUAGCCUAAAAAGAAAGUCGGCUAGAAUUGCUGAGCAGCUCCCUGCCGAGGCUGCAGACAAGCCCAAAGAGGGUGUAGCUGCCAAUCUGAGCACCGACUUUUUCCGUCAAAUCUUGGACAGCGAGAUCAACUUGUUGGAAAAGUUGUGUGUCGCGUGGGAAUCAGAGAUGAGAAAGAAGGAGAUGACAGAUUUUGCCGAGGAAAAUGUCCUGCAAGCCGUCGGAAUGGCGAGACUGAUUAUUCGAGAGAAGUUUGCUCAAUUCCGCGGCCUCAUUGACAACUGCGAUCAACCCGAGGACCCAAAAACAAAAACACUGAUUACAGACCUCCAAGGAUUCUGGGACAUGAUAAAAAUUCAGUCAGACCAAAUCCAGGGUAAAUUUGUGGCCCUAGACAAGUUGAAAAGCAAUAACUGGCAAGAAGAAGUUGCCGUUGUUGAGAAGAAAACUGCGCCUAAGAAGAAGCAAGCGCCUAACAAGGGAUCCAAACCAGCUGUAGCCUCCAGAUUCAGGGAGUUUCUGGCUCGCAAGAAAGUUUCCCCAAAUUCUGCUGAGGUGAUGAUGAAAACUCCGGACACUGGAAAAAAGAUACCAACACCGAAACCAAGAAGUGUCAAGGCUGUAGCAGAAACUUCCCUGAAUGAAAGCAAAAAGUAUGUUGAGUCGCCUAAUGCCAAUGCCAUUAUCAAUGUUUCCAUCAGAGCAAAAAGAUCUGUUGAGAGGAAAAGUCUGGACAAUUCAGCUAAUAAAUCCAUGCACGAGAGCAGUCUUGUCUUCCCAGCUGCCAGCUCUCCUAAUAAAAAUCUGGCGUCAGGUGCUUCUAAGCAGGAAUCUCGCCAGGAAACUCCAUCUCGCAGCAUCUUGAAAAAGGCUCAGGUGACCCCUGCACCUAACAAUGAGCGCAGAUGCGUUCUUUUUGAUAUGAUCCCAGAGGAAGCUGAAGAAGAGGAAGUGGACAUGUUGAUCCCUCCAGUGAAGCAUACCUAUGCUCAAAGGACUUAUGAGGUAUCACCACCCAAAGACAAAUUUGACGAGCUUUUUGACAACAUUGUCAGCUCGACUCCAGCUGCUAAGUCUGGUGAAACUACGUCUGACGAAGAAAAAGAAAACGUGACCACUAAAACCAAGAAAAUGCCAAAGACCAAAGUCACUACUCCACUGAGGAGAAGCAGAAGGCUCAGUUCGAUAAUGAACUCGACUGUGAAUGAUUCAGGAAUAGACACCGCGGCCAUUGAUAAGUCUCAAGAAAGCCUCAUUCCCAUAACUGAGCUGCCACUGGAUGACUCACGAGUGAGCAAACGCCGGUCCAGUCGUAAAAGGGUAUCUACUGAUGUUGCUUCUGGAGGAUCUGAUUUGAUGUCCUUUGAUUCGCCUGCACCCUCAGUUCCUGUAGAAAAGAGGAAGAAGAGAAGUACCAAGAGAAUGCUGCUUGAUGAAUCUAUGUAACUCAAGGAAGGAGAGAUGUAUGUAACUUGUUUGCAUUUAUAAUCUUAAGCUCAACAGAUCAAAGCCAAAUUAAUUACAUAUCCACAAAACUUUACGAUAUUUUUUACCAUUUAUCAUAAUUAUGCUCGUACAAAAAUGUGCCUUAUAUUAUAAUAGGAAAUUAAGAGACUUGCUUGUGUGCAUAUGCACAGAUAUUUUACCUUUCAAGCAACUGUUGUAUGUAAAAUUUCCACGCCCUCCGUGCUCUAUUUGAAACUAGUUUUGAUGGUACAGCCUUCCGAUAUUGGAGAAAUUAAAUUAGGAUUAUUUGGCUGCAUUUUGAAUCAAAUACUUAUUAAUUAACCAUACAUUGUUUAAUUGAUUUUAUGAACAUCAUGUCAUGAACUUCUUUAAUAUACUGCUAAUAUUCUUAAUAAAAAUGAAUUUCAAAUAAAAAAAU